GCAUACAUAUUUCUGUUAUAUUCGGUGAGUUGCCGAGCUUCGAGAAUUAUAUCGAAAUAAAUAUUACAAAUAAAAUACUGAUGAACAUUAAUUACUAAAAUAUAUCACGAUGACUACAGAUAAAAUAGUAACUUUUAAUGGACCAUACUCACCAGACAAAUAUAACCAGUUUUUCAAUCCAAACAUUUGUCAUAUUUGCAAACUGCCCAGCAGAAACUUAAUAACGUGUAUUAAGUGUUCUAUGAUUUCUUACUGUUGCCAUGAGCACCAGACGUUACAUAAAUAUUGGCACUUGUAUAUCUGCAAAUCUCUAGCAAGAAUAAUAUCAGACAAAUCGAAUUGGAACGCAUAUUUAAAUUUAUCACAGUGGCUAAUAUCACGGAAGGAAAUUAUUAUAAAAAUAAAUCGGCUACUGCCUCAGCACGAACUGGAAAUGAUAACAUUGGCAAAAUCGUGUUUUAAGUGUUACCGACAGAUAAACAUAAAACCAUGCGUCAUUUGCUAUUCGGCUAAUUUUUGUGAUGAUCACCAAAUGUUAUUUAAUAUAGAACACAAGGAUAAAUGUAAAGAGCUGUUACUAUUAUUGAACCUUAAUAUCGUCUAUAUGAAAGGCAAUACUUUGUGUCUAAGCAAAUUGGAAUUUAUCAAAUUUCCAGAUGCUAGACCUUAUCAUAACAUGAUUACAUUUAUUAACAGAUAUUUAGUCAUGGAAAGUCUAGAUAAUAAUCAAAAAAAACUUUACUUCCCUAUCCAAACUUUCUGGUCAUUUGAACAUUAUAUAUGUUCGGAUUAUGUAUCCGAUCCUCUAACAUUACACUACGCGCUACAGGAAUCAAAUUUAUUAUUUCUUCCACGCACUGCAGUUAAUUUAAGAAGAACAGCAGAACAGUUGGAAGUAACGCAGCAAACUAUUUCUAAAUAGGAAAGAUGCAAAAAGUGAAAAGGUUUUCAAAUAAGAAAGAUGAAAAAAGUGUGUUCCGCGACAAUUCAUUGAUGCCAUAAAAAUCUACGCGUCACAACUCUUUUC